AUGGCCUCUCCCGGCUCUGGCUUUUGGUCCUUCGGAUCUGAAGAUGGCUCCGGGGAUCCUGAGAACCCGGGUACAGCGAGAGCUUGGUGCCAGGUAGCUCAAAAGUUCACCGGCGGCAUCGGAAACAAGCUGUGCGCUCUGCUCUAUGGAGACUCUGAGAAGCCAGCGGAGAACGGCGGGAGCGUGGCCCCGCGGGCCGCCACCCGGAAGGUCGCCUGCACCUGCGACCAAAAACCCUGCAGCUGCCCCAAAGCGGAUGUCAACUACGCGUUUCUGCACGCAACAGACCUGCUGCCAGCAUGUGAUGGAGAGAGGCCCACUCUGGCAUUCCUGCAAGAUGUUAUGAACAUUUUGCUUCAGUAUGUGGUGAAAAGUUUUGAUAGAUCAACUAAAGUGAUUGAUUUCCACUACCCCAACGAGCUUCUUCAAGAGUAUAAUUGGGAAUUAGCAGACCAACCACAAAAUUUGGAGGAAAUUUUGACGCAUUGCCAAACAACUCUAAAAUAUGCAAUUAAAACAGGGCAUCCCCGAUAUUUUAAUCAGCUGUCUACUGGAUUGGAUAUGGUUGGGUUAGCAGCAGACUGGCUGACAUCAACAGCAAACACUAACAUGUUCACCUAUGAGAUUGCUCCUGUAUUUGUGCUGUUAGAAUACGUCACACUAAAGAAAAUGAGAGAGAUCAUUGGAUGGCCAGGGGGCUCUGGAGAUGGAAUAUUUUCUCCUGGUGGCGCCAUCUCCAACAUGUAUGCCAUGCUUAUUGCCCGCUAUAAGAUGUUUCCGGAAGUCAAGGAGAAAGGAAUGGCUGCAGUGCCCAGGCUCAUCGCCUUCACAUCAGAGCAUAGUCACUUCUCUCUCAAGAAGGGAGCUGCAGCCUUAGGAAUCGGGACAGACAGCGUGAUUCUGAUUAAAUGUGAUGAGAGAGGGAAAAUGAUCCCAUCUGAUCUUGAAAGAAGAAUCCUUGAAGUCAAACAGAAAGGAUUUGUUCCUUUCCUUGUGAGCGCCACAGCUGGAACCACUGUGUAUGGGGCUUUUGAUCCCCUCUUGGCCGUUGCUGACAUUUGCAAAAAGUAUAAGAUCUGGAUGCACGUGGAUGCAGCUUGGGGUGGAGGAUUACUGAUGUCCCGGAAACACAAGUGGAAACUGAGCGGGGUGGAGAGGGCCAACUCUGUGACAUGGAAUCCACACAAGAUGAUGGGUGUCCCUUUGCAGUGCUCAGCUCUCCUGGUUAGAGAAGAGGGACUGAUGCAGAGCUGCAACCAGAUGCAUGCUUCCUACCUCUUUCAGCAAGAUAAGCACUAUGACCUGUCCUAUGACACCGGAGAUAAGGCCUUGCAGUGUGGACGCCAUGUGGAUGUCUUUAAAUUAUGGCUCAUGUGGAGAGCAAAGGGGACUACUGGGUUUGAAGCACAUAUUGAUAAGUGUUUGGAGCUGGCAGAGUAUUUAUACAAUAUCAUAAAAAACCGGGAAGGCUAUGAAAUGGUGUUUGAUGGGAAGCCUCAGCACACAAAUGUGUGUUUCUGGUUCGUGCCUCCCAGUCUGCGUGUUCUGGAAGACAAUGAAGAGAGAAUGAGCCGCCUCUCCAAGGUGGCGCCAGUGAUUAAAGCCAGAAUGAUGGAGUACGGGACCACAAUGGUCAGCUACCAACCCCUGGGAGACAAGGUCAACUUCUUCCGCAUGGUCAUCUCAAACCCUGCAGCAACUCACCAAGACAUUGACUUCCUCAUCGAAGAAAUAGAACGCCUGGGACAGGAUUUGUAAUCACCUCACUCAUCAAACUGUUGGAAUUCUCUAGGUAGACAGUUAAGUUGUCACAAACCGUGUAAAUGUAUUUGUAGUUGUUCCGAAGUAAAACUAUUUCUAUAUUGUGGUGUCACAGUAGAGUACAGUUUAAAAAAUCAAAACAAACAAACAAACAAAAAGAGAAACAUCACUCCUUUUAAAAGUCCUUUCUUAAGUUUAGAAUACUUCUGUAAUAAUUAGUGACAACAGGCUAUGUUCUAAUCAGUAAGAGAAAGCAUAAAGUUGAUAUAAAUACUUCCCUUUAAAUAUAGUAUGCCAAUACACCUUUAUUUUCACUUCAGAGCAGUAGUACUGAAUAGUGCCAAAUCACCCUUGAAUCAUAAAAGGUUCUCUGGGGUGCCGUGAAAAGGACAAAGUAAAUAGAAAAAUGUACGCUGACAAUAAAAACUCUUGCCU